UGAAAUCGAUACACAUAUCGAUUGUAAAUGUCAUUUUGACACCCCAUUCGCAUUCAAACAAAAAUGGCGGUAGUCAUUCCCAAUGAGAUUUAAAAAUUGCAUUGCUUUUUGCCACAGAAAUGGAUAAAAAAAAUCGGAGAAGUUCGCUGCGGCGGCAACCGCCAACCAAAGAAGACGAUCAGACAGCGACAUCUACAAUGCAGAAUUCCAUGCUAAAGCGUCGUAUCAGCUUUAGUGGCAAGAAGUCCGUGAGGGUGUUCGUGAAUACAGAGGAGCCUCACUAUUGGGAAAACUCCUACGAAUUAUCGGAUUGCACCAAUGGCGAAGACAACAGCAAAGAGCAGGCACCAAAAACCGGCCCCAGCCGGCAAGCGCCGACAGCGGACAAGGAGAAUGUGCAUAUUGAUAUGACGUUGAAUCUGAGGACGAGCAUCGAUGUGCCCAUGUUUCCAUGCGAAACGAAUCGUGAUCCCCCCAAUUGUUCGGUGCCCCGCGAGUCGCUAUUUGCCGAGAGCUUCUCUCUCUCCUCGAUUGGACGGGAAAAGCUAAAGGACAAGCUGUACAGCCAUCGAAUUACGGACAAGACCAUAGAUCUGAUGCAGAUCACAUCCAAAGUUGGCGACGACUGCUCGUUGGAUUUGUCCACGCUUAAAAAGGAACAUAUGAAAGGACAACCAACGACAUUUGUGAGUGAUUCCUUAAUGGACAUCACGCCACUGGGAUUCGUCGAUCCAGUUGCUGCUUCUGUCCCCGUUCCAGUAGAAAAGGAUAAUGAUAAUCCUGUACAGAAAUCGUUUAAGGAGGUGGAAGAGUGCCGAAAGGACAGCCAGAGGCAGGGAGAUAUAUCCUUUGACUGUGACAUUAAUGAUUUCAGUGCCAGAGACCGAAUGCCGUCGAAUGGUUCCUCCGAUACAGACUCCAACAAUAGCACCAUCAACUAUCUGGGAGACGAGUCUGCUCUCAUUCCAUUCGACAUGAUUUCUGGGAAUAACAUCAGCAAGAAGCUGAACUUUCGUCAGCUGAACGAUGACCUGGAAGCGGGAAAGAUUAAGGUAUUUGCGAACGGCCCCAGGACCCCGACCACCGAUCCCAGGGCCAAACAGAAGAAGUUCUGGCAUGGACUGGAUGAGGAUCUUGAUCAGGACCAGCAACAUAAGGACAUCAACAUAAGGAGCAUUAAGCCGCGUGGCCCUUUAAAUUUCAGUGUGAAUAUGACUAUGUCCCCCUUGGCACAAGCAACGCCAGUGGCAAGGGUAGCGCCAUUGCCGAGGGAAAAGCUGAAGAUACCGGAUGACAAGCGCAAGUAUCGACUCUCGCAGGCGGAUGAGGUGAUGCUAGACAACACGAACUUCCUGGCACAUGCCAAAUUGGGUGAUGAGACCCAAUCCCGAAAUAGUUCCAAGAUCUUCACGAGGAGAGAGACAACAUAUGAGAGCUUGGAGCUCGAUGUGGGACUGCCCAACAGGAGCAGCAGCUGCAGCCAGAACUUCCCUCCAUCCACUAUGCAGGAGGCAGCAUCGAAGCACUCCAAGCCCAGACAGACCAUUCAUCUGCCUGCGAAAAUGGAGCAGGAUGUGUUUCAGGUGGAACAAGCUGCUACCGCCAUCCCUCCAGGGCGCUCCUCCUCCUCCUCUGCCAGACGUACCUUGAACCUGAACGAGUCCAUGGACCAAGACAUUGUCGAAGAGAAAGCCAUAGUCACCCAAUCAGAGGUUAACGUCACGCACAAAGGCGCCAAAUCGAAACGUAGAGAGACUUUGCUCAUGGAGGAAAGCAUGGAAGAGGAUAUUAUAAGUCCCCUCAAGGAGCUGCAUCUCAAGGCAAGUGCUCCUCCCAAGGAAAAGGAGAAAUCUAAGACCCGUCAAACUCUCCACUUGGCGAAACCGUUGGAGGAAGACGAAGCCCUCCCUCGGAAUGCUGCAACCACUGUGGCCAUAGGGAAAGAUAGUAAGCACCUGGCUGAAGCCGUUCAGGAGCGUCUACCAAUGGGUAAUCAUAGAUACAAAGCUAGGCAGACUAUUCUUCAGGCGGAGCCAAUAGAGGAAGAUUUCACUGGCACUGGGGCCACAAGGAAAGAUUAUGAGCACCUGCCCGAAGCAAGAUACAAAGCUAGGCAGACUAUUCUUCAGGCGGAGCCAAUAGAGGAGGAUGUCACUGCCCCUGGAGCCACAAGGAAAGAUUAUGAGCACCUGCCCGAAGCGGUUCAGAAGCAUCUACCAAUGGCAAAUCAUAGAUACAAAGCUCGGCAGACUAUUCUUCAGGCGGAGACAAUAGAGGAGGAUGUCACUGGCCCUGGGGCCACAAGGAAAGAUUAUGAGCACCUGCCCGAAGCAAGAUACAAAGCUAGGCAGACUAUUCUUCAGGCGGAGCCAAUGGGGAAGGAUGUCACUGCCCCUGAAGCCACAAGGAAAGAAUAUGAGCACCUGCCCGAAGCGGUUCAGAAGCAUCUACCAAUGGCAAAUCAUAGAUACAAAGCUCGGCAGACUAUUCUUCAGGCGGAGACAAUAGAGGAGGAUGUCACUGGCCCUGGGGCCACAAGGAAAGAUUAUGAGCACCUGCCCGAAGCAAGAUACAAAGCUAGGCAGACUAUUCUUCAGGCGGAGCCAAUAGAAGAGGAUGUCACUGCCCCUGGAGCCACAAGGAAAGAUUAUGAGCACCUGCCCGAAGCGGUUCAGAAGCAUCUACCAAUGGCAAAUCAUAGAUACAAAGCUCGGCAGACUAUUCUUCAGGCGGAGACAAUAGAGGAGGAUGUCACUGGCCUUGGGGCCACAAGGAAAGAUUAUGAGCACCUGCCCGAAGCAAGAUACAAAGCUAGGCAGACUAUUCUUCAGGCGGAGCCAAUGGGGAAGGAUGUCACUGCCCCUGAAGCCACAAGGAAAGAAUAUGAGCACCUGCCCGAAGCGGUUCAGAAGCAUCUACCAAUGGCAAAUCAUAGAUACAAAGCUCGGCAGACUAUUCUUCAGGCGGAGACAAUAGAGGAGGAUGUCACUGGCCCUGGGGCCACAAGGAAAGAUUAUGAGCACCUGCCCGAAGCAAGAUACAAAGCUAGGCAGACUAUUCUUCAGGCGGAGCCAAUAGAAGAGGAUGUCACUGCCCCUGGAGCCACAAGGAAAGAUUAUGAGCACCUGCCCGAAGCGGUUCAGAAGCAUCUACCAAUGGCAAAUCAUAGAUACAAAGCUCGGCAGACUAUUCUUCAGGCGGAGACAAUAGAGGAGGAUGUCACUGGCCCUGGGGCCACAAGGAAAGAUUAUGAGCACCUGCCCGAAGCAAGAUACAAAGCUAGGCAGACUAUUCUUCAGGCGGAGCCAAUAGAAGAGGAUGUCACUGCCCCUGGAGCCACAAGGAAAGAUUAUGAGCACCUGCCCGAAGCGGUUCAGAAGCAUCUACCAAUGGCAAAUCAUAGAUACAAAGCUCGGCAGACUAUUCUUCAGGCGGAGACAAUAGAGGAGGAUGUCACUGGCCCUGGGGCCACAAGGAAAGAUUAUGAGCACCUGCCCGAUGCAAGAUACAAAGCUAGGCAGACUAUUCUUCAGGCGGAGCCAAUAGAGGAGGAUUUCACUGCCCCUGGAGCCACAAGGAAAGAUUAUGAGCACCUGCCCGAAGCGGUUCAGAAGCAUCUACCAAUGGCAAAUCAUAGACACAAAGCUCGGCAGACUAUUCUUCAGGCGGAGCCAAUAGAGGAGGAUGUCACUGCCCCUGGAGCCACUAGGAAAGAUUAUGAGCACCUGCCCGAAGCGGUUCAGAAGCAUCUACCAAUGGCAAAUCAUAGAUACAAAGCUCGGCAGACUAUUCUUCAGGCGGAGUCAAUAGAGGAGGAUGUCACUGCCCCUGGAGCCACAAGGAAAGAUUAUGAGCACCUGCCCGAAGCAAGAUACAAAGCUAGGCAGACUAUUCUUCAGGCGGAGCCAAUAGAGGAGGAUGUCACUGCCCCUGGAGCCACAAGGAAAGAUUAUGAGCACCUGCCCGAAGCGGUUCAGAAGCAUCUACCAAUGGCAAAUCAUAGAUACAAAGCUCGGCAGACUAUUCUUCAGGCGGAGCCAAUAGAGGAGGAUGUCACUGCCCCUGGAGCCACAAGGAAAGAUUAUGAGCACCUGCCCGAAGCGAUUCAGAAGCAUCUACCAACGGGAAAUCAUAGAUACAAAGCUCGGCAGACUAUUCUUCAGGCGGAGCCAAUAGAGGAGGAUGUCACUGCCCCUGAAGCCACAAGGAAAGAUUAUGAGCACCUGCCCGAAGCGGUUCAGAAGCAUCUACCAACGGGAAAUCAUAGAUACAAAGCUCGGCAGACUAUUCUUCAGGCGGAACCAGUAGAGGAAGAUGUCACAAGGAAAGAUUAUGAGCACCUGCCCGAAGCAAUUAAGGAGCAUCUACCAACGGGAAAUCAUAGAUACAAAUGUCGGCAGACUAUUCUGCAGGCGGAGCCAAUAGAGGAGGAUGUCACCCCAAGAAAAGAUUGUGAGCACUUGCCCGAAAAGAAAGAUUAUAAGCACUUGGCUGAACCAGUUCAGGCGCAUCAUGUGUCGGACAGUAGAUAUCGUUCGUCGAAAUCUAGGCAAGCCCUGCUUAUGGCAGAAGCCAUCGAGGAGAAUCAUUCCACUGCAUACCAUAGUUUAGAACCGAAAAUAUCUCAGGAAGUCAGGGAAAAUUCUGUGGCCUUUGAGCCCAUCAAUACUCUUCCACUGUCGGAACUCAUUGAAGAAAGUAAGGCAGCAAUUCGGACGUCUAAAGCCCGCCAAACUCUGCCCUUGGCCGCUCCCAUGGAGGUAGAGGGGGAGGAGCCCCCGACAGAACCACCUCUCGAGGAGUCUACAAAAGUGGCUCCAAGUCGUGGCUCCCGAGCUCAACAGACGUUGAUCAUGUCGGAAUCUAUGGAAGAGCAGGAGGAGGAAGUGGACUUUCACAGUCCCAUCCAAUCAAUAAGAACUCAUCCGGAGCUCCUUCCAAUCACACCCAUGCUGAGACUAAACGGAUCAGGGUCAGUUUGUUCCAUGGAUGAAUUUGAACUGUUUGAGGAGGAGAGCAAGCAGGCGGCUACGCCUCGCGGUCCGUUUCAGAAGGCGUCGGUAUUGCUACGGAAAAUACACUCCAUGGGUGAGUCCAUGAAAAUGAGUUUCGAGGAAGAUACCUCAGGAUGUGGCACUCCUAUACGGCACAGUGGAAAUGCCAAGCGAUUAUCGGACCACCUCACGCCUAAUCUGCCAGAGGCCAAGAAGCGUAAUACCCAUCUCUUUGCGGACAGUAAAACGGAGCAGGAGAUGGAGAUGGAGAUGGACAUGAGUGUUUCCAUUAAAGAAGUGACGACAGCGGUGGACAAGAACUGUGACCUUAUCUUACGGCCCCAACGCCCCGUAUUGGAGCAGAGACCCGUCACUAUUUCGGAUGUGUCCGCCUACUUCCAAGCUCAGCCGUGCAAGGUGAAGAAGAAGCCGGCUGAGAGUAAGACAGAGAAGGAGGACGAGGAGAAGCGCGACACUUGCCCCAGGUAUAGUGGAAGCUCCACAGAUCGUUCGUUCAAGAGCUACGAACCCACAAACAAGAGAUUCAUCAAUCUAUCCGGUGACACGAACUCUUCGACUGCCCUAAUGGGUACCAUCAGUGUCGAUGAAAUGGAGACUAGUCAUAUAGAUAAAGUUCGGCUCAGUUUGGUCUCCACUCUGGCUGAUGAACCGGACACAGAUGAGGAAGCACCAGUUGAAGGCGCAGCGGCACUGGCCAAACAGCCUCAGCCAGAGCCUGAGUCCUGCCAGGAGCAGCAAGCGAGCUCUCGAGUGGUGGCUGCUGGGUCCAGCGCAUCCUGCAGGAAAUGCAUGAACUGCAGGAGAUCCCUGAAUGAGACAAGGCUUAGCAACGACUCCUUUGUCCUGCCCUCCCAGCCCCAGUGGGAUCUGACGCGGGAAAUAGAAAUGCUGCGACGCGUGAGAGCGAGGCCCAACCUGGAUGAUGUGCACAAGUAUUGGGAAAUGAAAGAGCAGGAGAGGCAGACGAUCGCCCUGGAGAAAGAGCUGGACAACUCGAGAGAUGCGUCCGAUGAGGAGGAGUUCAGCGAGUGGGACGUGAACGAGGUGAUGGCGGGAUACAACAGGAAGAUGGAAAGAUUCAAGCGCAACCUGGCCGAUAACCCGGACAUUUUGCAGCAGGCUCUCGUUCGAUUUGAACCAGUGGAAACUUUCUUUGAUCGCUUGGCUGGCCUGUUGACCGAGCAGCAACCCAACUGGAUAUUUGACUAUCAGCUAAAGAUAUCGCGCAAAUUGAUCUUCACCCAUCGACUGCUUACCACAUUUCGCCUGAUUGUUGACUAUGAGACAGUGGACGACUUGGAGACUGCUAUAAGGGUAUGCGCCCUCAACGUGGAGCAGGCCACACUCAUUUUGCCACUGCAGAGUUGGACAGCGUUUGAGCAUCUGCUCGACUUUCAGCUGCAGCUCAAGCUGCCAGUGAGUCACACCGACUCCAUUGAGGGGAGCAGCGUGGAGGCAUUCGCACAAUUUCUGCAACGCACAGAUACAAUUUGUGUGGACGUACUACGCACAUUCCACAAAUUGUUGAAGGUUCUUACAACCACAAAGGCGAGUCUUCUGAGGCAGGGGAAUCAAAUGGUUAUAAAAAAGACUGUGCGCAGGCGUAUUGAGAUGGAUACACGUACGGCAAUUGAGAAGACCGAUUUCGUAAUUGAAGUUGCCAAUGUUGAAGGAAUUUCGUUCAGAGAUAUUCUGCACCCAAGAAUACAUUUAUUCAACGAAAAUAUUCAGUACCUGCCAGUGGGAGUGGCUUUCUUAGAAGAAUUUCUAGAUCAUCCUGAACAGUAUCUCAAAACUUAAUAAACCUUGAAGGUAUUAUAAACAAAAACAUGGUUUGAAAACAAAAAAUUUAA